UAAUCCGUUGUUAUUUCUUACAUCAUGAAAUAUAACCACGCCAGCCAUUGUCAAUGUCAUAUUUAAGUUUCUAUUGAGUAUUUUACACUUAAAUUCUAAGAACACUUGUGAAAUCAUAUGUUCUGUGUUUAUGUGAAGAAUAUUUAAAUCUGAUUUAAGUGUAACUUAGUCCGGUAACUUUAUAAAAUAUAGCCAUCAAGUAUAUGCUUAAAUGGAUAUAUAGAUUAUGAAUACUUGUGGAUUAUCGUUCUUUCGUGAUAACUUAGGGGUAUACUAUGCCAUCUUGGGAUCGCCUAAGUUUUAGGCUUGUUUAUGUGUUAAAAAAGAUCAGUGGAGAUAUAGAAAGAGAAAUCGAGAUGUCAAACUUUGUUGGAAACAUUGAACGUUUUGAACAUAUGGAGAUUUUAUUGAUAGGUGAAAAGCUAAGGGAAGCGCUGCAAGAUGCCAGUCUCAUAAAGAACCGGAAGUAUCAUCUGCGCACGUACCGAUCUUGCAUUGUGGGUAAAGAACUAAUAGACUGGUUGGUUAAAAAUAAACACUGUAAUUCGAGGGAAGCAGCAAUAGAUGGCAUGAAAAUACUUCAGCAGCAUUCACUCAUUCACCACGUUUGUGACGACCAUGAGAUUAAAGAUGAAGUGCUCUUUUAUCGUUUCCGACGAGAUGACGACACAUAUAUGCAGGACAAAGAUUUGUCUCUCUUUUACAGGGCUUUGGAAUUAUAUAACGGAUUAUCGACAAGAACAGUUGGUAUUAUACGAAGUUACCAGCAAGAUGGGGAGCUAUACAGAAAUGCCUUCCAGGGGUCUGAAUUUGUCGACUAUCUCCUGCGGGAGGGUACAGUGUACAGCCGAGAAGAUGCUGUAAUUCUCGGGCGUAGGCUGUUGGAAAAUGACACAAUCAGACAUGUGACUGACGACUUCCACUUCCGGGAUGAUAGCCGUCUGCUGUACCAGUUCACAUUGGAUUUCUCUCAGCGGCGCCAUCUUGCCGAAGUAUUCAACUACGCACCACACAGUCAGAAGCGGCACGACUUGCAAACGGAUAAGGCAUCUUCAAGCAGACGACAAUUUCAAUUUCAUACGCCAAAAUCAUCACCAACACACUCACCAGAAAGAGUUAGAAAAAGACGUUCAACAUGCGGUAAUUCCGAUUCAGAAGGUGGCCGUGGGAAUGCGAGUAGUGCCAAAGCUGACAGAUUAAGGAGCAUGUCGGGUGAUUCCGGAAACGGAACGGACUGCAGCGAAACUGCCACAGAACAAUUUGGAACUACACGAUCUGUUUUACUCCGGCAUGCCUCUGUGGAUGAACUGGAGUCCCCUGACACUCCUUAUAUCAAGCAAACAAUAAAAAUUCAAAGUGACCCGGUGGGCUAUGGUUUUGUUAUACGAGGAAAUAGUCCUACUUACGUUCAGGCGGUAGAUCCAAUGGGUCCAGCGGCCGUUGCUGGUCUCAAGGUUCGCCAGUAUUUAUACUCAGUGAACGGAGUUUACGUGUUGAGGAGUGACCAUAAAACUGUUGGAAAAUUGAUCAUGCAAAGCGUCUCGCAUGUCACACUUGUUGUCAUGACACAUAAACGUGAUGCGGGAUUGUGAUCACGCACAAACUGUAUUCCUCAUGAUGGACUAUGUAAUUAGCGGGACGGUUCCUUCAAGUUCAGACAGACUGAAUAAGAUGGAUGGAGAAGCAAAAAAGUUGGAGUUGAGUGACAUGCAUACCGCUUAUUGUCAGUUGUUUAUUUUGUAAUGUAUUUAUUUUCAAGGACGAUCGGUUAUGUGCAAUAUUGUUGAUAUUCUGUGAUUCUUAAUUCAAUUAGUUUUCACGUGCGGGCCCAGGAUUUCGUGAGGAAGUGGGUGCAAUUCACUCAAAUUGUUGCCGGGCCAAUAAUUAUCUCAAGCAGGUAGCGACUUUGAGUGCGGGCUGGAAAGAGAUUUUGGAACAAUAUAUGGACGCUGUGUUGAUAGUCUAGCAAUAUUAGGUAUUGAGUAAUACAUCUAUUUUUGUUGAAUUUUAAAACGUCAGUAAAUUUGAACUUUAUUUUGAAUUAUAUUGCCAUCAUACAUACAAAUUCAGUGAGAUUGCGUUAAAACGUCCGACAUUUUCAAAUAUCUUUAAUGCUAC